CAUAACCUUCAGUCAGUCCGAACCCCCAAAAGUUGUUCGCGCCGCGAUACAUUUCAGCGCACAAAUCUUCUGGAAAUAUAAUAUGCUGUAAUUUAUUUUCGUUCAUUUAACUUAGUUUCGUGUUUAGUUUUUCGCGCUUUAACCUCGUCGCUGUCGAAAAAAUUCGGCGAUCGCGAUAAAUGCUGUUCAAUCGAUCGGCAAAUUAUUGAAUUUAUUCGCGUUCGUAACCAAGCCAGCUCCAUGAAUUUUUUGAUAUCGAAGUUGAAAAUGUUGAGUGAGAACGAAGAAGACGGAGAUUCUGAAACGGCGGAGGUACCUAUAUCGACCGAAUCGCUGCCGAUAGAAUCGUCUUCAAAAGUACAAGUUUUCUUGAGAAUCAGGCCUACCUCGCAGAACGAGGUUGAGGGCUUGAACGAUGUUUACACAGUAGAAGAUUCGUCAACGUUGCUCGUGAAGCAUUUUAGCUCAAACGAGGCUGCCAGGCGCUCGAGAUUCACGAAGUCAAGCGAUAACGCAACGAGAAAGAAAUUUUCGUUUUCGAAAAUAUUUAACUUACAAGUCGAGCAAUCGCAGUUUUUCAAUGAAGCCAUCAAACCCGCUGUCAUCGAUUUACUGAACAAUCAAAGUUCAACAGUGCUAAGUUACGGCACAGCUGACGCUGGGAAAACUUAUACUUUGUUUGGCACAGUGUCACAGCCUGGUGUCAUUCCGAGAACGAUAGAACUUAUUUAUUCGUCUCUCAACUGUACCUUAGUUCCCUGGUUCAAGCCGAAACGUUUUCGCAGUAUCGUUAAUUUAGACGAGUGUGAUCGAAGCUUGGAAAUUGAUACUCGGGAAAAACUUUUAUCUUGCAGAUUGAGCGAUAAAUCUUUGUACGAAAAUGCGUACAAAUCGCUGGAAUACUCAGAAUUAAACAAAAAUAGAGAGCUGUGCAAAGACUCGAUGUAUUCUGUUUGGAUAUCGUUCGUAGAAAUGUACAACGAUGUAAUUUAUGAUUUGCUGGAAGUUGACGAAGAAGGAAAGAAUGUGCAAUUAAAAUUAGUCACGGAUAAACACGGAACCACAUAUAUUCAGGGAAUGCGGAGUGUAUGUGCUACUACUGGCUUAGAGGCUUACGAAAUUCUGAAUGCAGGACAAACGAGGCUUAGUACAGUUACAGAAAGCUCUUAUAAAAGCUCAAGGUCUCAUUCAAUAUUUACUAUAAAAUUGCUCAAAUAUGACAAAGAUUGCUCGCCCUCCGAGGUCAAGGUAAGUUCGCUUUCUUUCUAUGAUCUGGCCGGCACAGGAAGAGUACAAAAAUCGUCCAACAACGAUAAGCAGCUCAAAGAAUUCAAUAGUAUCAAUAAAAGUCUUCUGGCACUUGGAAGGUGUCUCAAGGUUAUCGUCGAAGGCCAGUUGAAACAAAGUGCUGGUCCCUUUAGAGAUUCAAAGUUGACGAGGUUAGUUCAACGUUCACUUUGUGGUAAAGAAAAUAUUAUCCUCCUCAUCAACGUAAAUCCCACUAUCGACUUGCUUGCCGAAACGCAGAGCGUAUUCAAGUUCGCGUCAAUGGCAAUGAAACUUACUUCCGGCUUGACAAAGGACGAGAAGAAAAUUUUGGAAUAUCACACGCCAAUUUCAAGCCCAAAGUCUCAAGAAAAUUGUUUUUCAAUAAAUACCAAAACUUUGUCAGACCAAGACAUCGAUGAUCUAAUUCAAAAGAACAAACAACUUUCAACCGAGCUAAAAGAAUUGAAAUCUACUAAUCAGAGAAAGGAGUUUGAAGUUAGAAAAGAAUUAACUGAUUAUUAUAAAAAACAGUUGGACAGCAUGGAGGAAUAUUUGAAAAAGCGAACACUGCUUAUGGAAGAAGAAAAACAAAGUUUUGUUAAGUUUUCGGUUGAUCAGGUGAAUCAUUAUUACAAAGAUAAACUCCAAGACUGCACAAAUCGCAAACGUAAGAGGACUGACAGGGGCGAUUACGAAGAGCGUUUGGAUAUGGAAAUUCUCGAAACAAAAAACAUUAAGUAUUCCUCAAAAAUAACAUCGUUGGAAAAAACGCUGCUUUCUGUGAAAAGAAAACUAAAAAUACUUACAGAAACUAUAAAUAAUUCUAGAAAUAUGGAACCUAAAAUUGAAAACGCAAAAAAAGGCGAUGCCACUAUUCAACUUGACGGCGAUUUAACUUUGUAUUUAUCGACAGUACAAACAUACAUCGAAAAAUCUUUCGAAGCGAAAAAAGCUCAUGUAGCCUCUGUUCCAAUAAAAUCUAUGUUUUCUACAGGAAUUCAGUGUAGCUCAAACUGUUCAGAUAUUGGCCUGUUUUGCAAAGAAAUUCAAAAGUUAUUGGACGCCAAUACAGUUCAACUUCCAGAAAUCAAUGACUCUUUAGAUUCAGUUGACGAUGAUCUACAGAGUCUCUUGCCCAAAGUGAAAGAAUUAGUUAUCUCAAGCAUUUCAGAAAAAAUAAAGCUAGAAAUGGAAAAUUCUGAAAAAUUAGGGCAGAUUCAGCAUUUAAGCGAUGAAAUCAAGAAACGCGACAAAGACCUUUUUGAGCUCAAAAUGCAAUACCAAGAGUCAGAAUCUGCUCGAAUGAUUUUGCUGAGACAAAAGAAUGAUAUUGAGGCAGAAUCCAAAGCAAAAGAAUUAUUUAAAAACGAAGAUUUUGUUACGAUUGAAUCCGAAAAUUGUUUUGCCGACGAAGAAAACUAUCAAAUACUUUCCACUCAGCAAGAUUUUAAUUCCCCAAGUUCGCUUAACAACGAGUCUCGCCUGAGCUUGUAUACUUCUGAAUCCGAAAAAAUUGCGCGAAGACCGACUAGGUCAAGUUCUGACAGUAGUCAAAAUGAUUCAGGCGUAGCUUCUAGUAUAAAGUGCUGUGGAUUAACCCACGAAAAAAGUUGUCAAACAAAUAUAUUCCAUGACGAGAACACCUUAAAAAACAAACUCGAGCAGCUUAAACUAGAUUAUGAAAAUAUGGCAGCACAGCAUCGACAGGAGGCUCAGAAAGUUGCAAAAUUGUCUCAAGAAUCAGAAGACAUAAGAGAAGCAAUGGAAAAACACAAGAAAAAUUUAUACGUACAAGAGAAAGUAAUCGCCGAAUACCAGAACAAAAAUCGUCUUUAUCAGCUAGAAAUCGAGCGUUUGAAUAGCGAAAAAAGUCAGCUAAAAAUAAAGCACGAUGAAAUGAUCAGGAAUUUAGGAGGAACUAUUAAAGAAUAUGAAAAGAAAAUCACAGAGUUGCAGGUGAAAUUAGAAGUACAUCAAAAGGAAGAGCAUAGAACUGUCCAGCGUUUAGAGAAUUACUUAAAUAAAUCAGUUGACCUCAAGAGCGAACUAUCGAUUACUCGUUUGGAAUUGGAAAAAAAGUCGAUGGCAUGUUACAAAGAUCACAUAAUUAAAAUAGACCAACUAGAAAAAGAUUUAAACAUGAAAACAUUAAUCGAACAAAAAUUAGGAGAAAAAAUAAGUCAAUAUGAAAAAGAUCUUGCAAGAAUAAACGACCUUACUGGAAAAAUAUCAAACUUUGAAAACUUAAUGACCAAAAUAGAGAAAGAAAGAUCGGAUCUACACAGAAUGUUAGAUGAAAAAUCAAACUGCCAAUCAGAAAUGGAGCAUCGGUUGAAAAACUUGAUAGCGAUAAUCGACAAACAAGACGAUAAAGUUCAUUAUCUGCGAACCGAGCUCGGUACAUUCACAAAAAUCAAUUCAACCAAUCAUCGUAAAGCACAGGAGCUUGAUAAAGAAGUUAGCAGAUUAAUGGAAAAUAUCACUUUCAUGAAAGAAGAUAUCAAACAAUCGGAGAAAGCUCGAAAAGCGCUUGAGCAAAAUUCAAAAAAAGAGCUUGAAAACCUUCGUUCCAGAUUGACUAUCUGUGAAGAUAACGCCGAUCUCUUGAAUAUAAUUCGUAACAGCAGCGAAACGAAGCAGGAUGAAGUCCACAAAUUAAAAGUUCAACUCUCAGCGAAAAACAAGGAAUUGGAAUUUUUCAAGAAAAAUCGAAACGCCACUAUUCAGAGGUACGAAUGUUUAGUUCGCCAACUUCAAGAAGCUUUAAACGUGAAUCCACCUAUCAGUAAGUUAAAGAAAAUAUUCCCUCAUAAAAAAAAGUAUUUGUCCGGUGAAGAAAAGGAAUACUCAAUUUGUGAAGUUCACGGCUCAGAACCACAAAUUCGUGAUUGCAAACUGUUUCUCGACGACGAGCCUGUUUACUUAUCGCCGUGCCCUAGUUUGCACGCAGUAAUGUUCUCUUCCACGGAGAGUUCGGAAAUGACUGCGAGUAAAGAUGCGCCCACCCGUUUGGCCGCUGAUGUCAGUGAAAAAUGUUUGGAGAUUCUAUAUUAAAAGUUACAUACAAAAAAUGCAUGAAGUACGUCUUUUUUAGACAGAAAGAAGAGUCCGUUCGAAAUCUCGUCACACACCUUGCAAAGAUCCAGAUUUGCACAAUUUCGAACCCGCAGUCGAAAUACGUUUGCUUGAAAGUGAUCGUCGCUCUAGCAGAAGAGUAGGUCACGUAAAAUUUCACCUUCCGUAGAGGAACCAUGUAAAAUAAUUUGAUUUGUUUAUUUCCGAACUUGCGUUUGCUUUUGUAAUUGAUCUGUUCAGUUGAGUUUCAUACUUGUGUACUUCCGUUAUUGCAAUGGAAAGCAAAAAACUUUUCUGGAAGUAAAUGUCUUUGCAAGCA